UAAAUUUAAAAGUUUUACGUCAACCAUAGUCACGAAUAUAGAAAGCAUUUAAUAAUUCAAAAUAAUAGUGGAUUCGUGCAUAUUGUUCAGUGAUAAUGUUGAAAUUGCUUGUAAUUGCUGUUGCUAUUGAAUGUGUAAUUGUUGUGUCAGGAUCAGAGCGGUGCCAUGGACGUCAUGAAUACUACGAAAAAUGCAUUAAGACAUGCGAUCCUCAAACUUGUGAAAGUGCUGGGGAAACAUUUCACUGUCCACUGAGAUCCAAGUGUAAAGGUGGCUGCAGGUGUAAGCGUGGAUAUUUACGGAACGAAAAUAAAGAAUGUAUACCUAGUGAUAGAUGCGGUGAUGAAAAUUACGAUAUAUCUUCGACAUACUAUACACCAACAUCAAAGCAUACAGUCGAAAAGUCUGCCAAAGAAAGUCACAAGCACAGUAAGGACAGUAGCAGUUUUUUGAGUGAAAACGACUCAAGUAUAAGUUCUAUUAGUCAAACCCCACCUACGAGGCACACAUACUGCCGUCGCCACGAAGUAUGGUCAGAAUGUACGAACGGUGGGUGCGGCAGGCGCACUUGUUCGGAUUUGGCAUCACCGAUUAUUUGCAUUGACCCAGCCAGGGGUUACUGCCGAUCUGGAUGCGUUUGUAAAGAGAACUAUCUUCGGAAUCGAUAUGGCGUUUGCGUGCCGAUUUCUAAGUGUCCUAUACAAAUAUUAAUUAUUAUAACAGUCAACAGCACUAUGUUGAACAUACGUAAUAUAGUAAUCUUGGUUUGUGUUACUUCGGUAAUAUGUAAUGAUAUAGCUACAUCAUAUUCAGAGAGUCAAUCAUCAGCUACAUCUUCAUCAACCUCAUUUUCAUCAUCACAUGGACCGAAGUGCAACCAUGGAGGUCAUCCAAAAGGCUGUGGACCAAACGAAGUAGUUGACGAUUGUGUCAAUGGUGGAUGUCGAAGACGUAAUUGUUCAGAUCUUGCCGAACCAAUAAAAUGCAUUGAUCCUAAACAUUGUAUUAAAGGCUGUCGGUGUAUAGACGGAUAUUUACGUGAAAAGAACGGAGGGUGUGAACCGUUAACUAGCUGUCCAAUACCGAAUUGCAAUAAAGGUGAAGUUUUCGAUUUUUGCCCUGGUUAUUGUCAGCCAGAAUGCGGUAUUGACCAAAGCCUUAUCUUAUGUAAACCCUCGCCACAACCUGGUGACUCAGACUGUCAUCCAGCUUGUCGGUGUGCUGACAACUAUUAUAGAACGGCAGAAGGUGCAUGUGUGCCAAAGGAGGAUUGCCCUCUGAUAUGUCCAUAUGGCGAAGUGUACGAGGAAUGCCCCGACCCCUGCAUACCCAAUACAUGUGCAAGCAUUUGGUCGAGAUUCAAACCAUGCCCACCUCUCCCAGAAGAUUGUAAGCCGACCUGCCGAUGUCCCGAUGGCCAGUACAGGAGUAAAAUCGGUCAAUGUAUUACUACUGAAGAGUGUAUGCAAUGUAGGGGUCCUUACGAAUAUUUCUCAUGCGGUGGAGCGUGUGACAAUGAAUGUGACAAACUUAGUCGACAGAGUAAAGAUAAUUGUCCAAUUGUCAAUAUUCAGUGUAACAGAAUGUGUUAUUGUGAAGAUGGAUAUGCACGAGAUGCUAAUAACACCUGUAUUCCUAUCCACGAAUGUCCACCGGAGUGUCCAUUAAAUGAGCGGUACGUCAACAAUAUAAAUGAAAUAUGUAGAGCGAAGACGUGUUCAGAAAUCGACCAACAUUUACCGUGUCAGGAAAAAGGGUAUUGCAACGACGGCCCUCCUGGUUGUAUUUGUAUCGAUGGAUAUGUAAGGAACGCCGAUGGCUUAUGUGUACCUACUACCGAAUGUCCUCCAAAAUGUCCGAACGGCGAAGUAUACGAGAAAUGCCCAGACCCAUGUGUACCCAAUAUAUGUGAAGUAAUUUAUUCGACAUACAAACCUUGCCCACCUCGCCCCGAAGAUUGUAAGCCGACCUGCCUAUGUCCCGAUGGCCAGUUCAGGAAUAAAAUCGGUCAAUGUAUUAAUUCUGAAGAUUGUUUGAAAUGUACCGGGCCUCACGAAUACUUCGCAUGCGGCGGAGCAUGUGACAAUGAAUGUGACAAACUUAGUCAACAGAGUAAAGACAAUUGUCCAAUUGUCAAUAUUCAGUGUAACAGAAUGUGUUAUUGUGAAGAUGGGUAUGCACGAGAUGCUAAUAAUACCUGCAUUCCUAUCCACGAAUGUCCACCUCCAAAAUGUCCGAAGGGCGAAGUAUACGAGGAAUGCCCAGACCCCUGCAUACCCAAUACAUGUGCAAGUAUUUGGUCGAAAUACAAACCUUGCCCACCUUGCCCUGAAGAUUGUAAGCCGACCUGCCGAUGUCCCGAUGGCCAGCACAGGAAUAAAAUCGGUCAAUGUAUUACUACUGAAGAGUGUAUGAAAUGUAGGGGUCCUCACGAAUAUUUCUCAUGCGGUGGAGCGUGUGAUAAUGAAUGUGACAAACUAAGUCGACAGAGUAUCAAAAACUGUCCAAUUAUCAAUAUUCAGUGUAACAGAAUGUGUUAUUGUGAAGAUGGAUAUGCACGAGAUGCUAAUAACACCUGUAUUCCUAUCCACGAAUGUCCACCGGAGUGUCCAAUAAAUGAGCAUUACGUGAAGAAUAUAAAUGAAAUAUGUAGAGCAAAGACGUGUUCAGAGCUCGGCAACCCUUUACCGUGUCUGGAAGAUGGUUAUGAUAAUAGUGGUCCUCCUGGUUGUAUAUGUGAUGAUGGAUAUAUAAGGAACUGUGAUGGUUUAUGUGUACCUACAACUGAGUGUCCUGCAUGUGGAGGAGAUUUUAAUGCUACCACUGGACCUGGUACUUUUUGCAUAACUUGUGACAACUAUAAGAAAAAGAAAGAAGUUGCUUGUAUACUUAUAUAUAAGAUAAACGGUUGUGCUUGCAGAGACAAAUAUGUUUACAACAAGCAUUUAAAGCAGUGCGUCUUACCUGAAGACUGUCGUGAGUAUAUCUUUUAUCACUUAUGCUUCAUAAUGUCUAAAUAUAUUUUUGCGUUAUUGUUAGCGGGGUUAAUUUGUACCAUCAACUGUGAUAGUUCAUCAUCAUCAGAUGAAAGUGACGAACAGCAACGUAUGAGAAACAAUUUCGAUCAAGGGAACGAUGAUUUCACCUCGCGCUUUUUAUACGACGUAAUUGACGAGAAGCCGAACGGGAGUGUGAUAACAUCUCCGUUCAGUGUUCUAUUUCUUUUAUCGCAAUUAGCUCUUUAUGCUAAAGGAAAGACAUAUGAGCAACUGGCGAAUCUCCUGAAUUUGAAUAAGAGAAAUGACAUCCGAUCCACGAUACCCCAAUAUUUGGAUGAGAUCAAUUCUCAACGGAACGUUAACUUUUCUUUAGCAGAAAGAGUGUUUGGAAGUAUCGAUUAUCCGUUCAGUAAAUCCUUUAAACGGGACACUAAACUCACAUUCCAUGCUCAAGCCAGAAACUUGGACUUUAGCGAACCGAAGGAAGCUGCUAAGGAAAUAAAUUCAUGGAUUGCAUCACAGACAAAUGAUCUUAUUAAAGAUUUAAUUUCUCCAUCUGCACUAGAUGAAAACACUAGACUUGUGCUAACAAAUGCUAUUUAUUUCAAGGGAGAUUGGAAAAGUCCAUUCAGUUCUAAAAAAACUAGACCGCAAACCUUCCAUGUCACAAACAGGAGGAAGUCUUCAGUGAAAAUGAUGAAUCAAAUCGGCCAUUUUAAUUACGGUUAUAUUGAGGAUAUACAAUCAAAGGUCGUCCAAAUGUUUUACAAAAACGAAAACUUCUCCUUCCUCUCAAUAUUGCCGAAUAAGAGGCAUAGUGUACAUUCAGUGGCUGAUCAGCUGCAAGAUCUAGACUUACAAUAUGAUGUCAUAAAUAAUCUAGACUCAGCUCGAGUGAAUCUUUCUAUUCCUGUAAUACACACUGAAUCAAGCACCGAUCUAGCUGAUAUUUUAAAGAAGAAUGGAGUGACAGCUUUAUUCAACAGCAGUAGCUCUGAUCUAUCUGGUAUACUGAUGUAUCCGGAACCGUUGUACGUCUCAAGUGCGAUUCAAAAAGCCAAAAUAAUUGUAAACGAAGCAGGUUCAGAGGCAGCUGCGGCGAACGCAAUCACCGUCGGAACAACAGCCGUAGAAGCUGAACCUGAACAAUUCAAUGCUAACCAUCCAUUCCUCUACUACAUUAUGUAUAGAGACACGGCGAUAUUCGCUGGACAUUACGCGGGCGCACAAUAAAUUAAUGCCACAAUUUUGAACAAUUCAAA